CAACCCGGAACUGAUGGGCUGUGAUGCCUUUCACAGGUUAUCCUUUACCAAAGGCCACUUCCCGAAGAUGGCAGAGUGUGCACAUUUCCAUUAUGAGAACGUGGACUUUGGCAACAUACAGCUUUCACUCCCGGAGGAACAGAAUGAAGUAACAAGGAACGGCUGUGAAUCCAAGGAACUGGUCUACCUUGUGCAAAUCUCUUGUCAGGGCAAGAGCUGGAUUGUGAAACGGAGUUAUGAAGAUUUCAGAGUACUCGAUAAACAUCUCCACCUAUGUAUCUAUGAUCGGCGUUUCUCUCAGCUCUCAGAGCUACCCCGCUCCGAUGCCCUGAAGGACAGUCCAGAGCUUGUCACCCAGAUGCUGAUGGCUUACCUGUCACGGCUCUCAGCCAUCGCAGGCAACAAGAUCAACUGUGGGCCUGCCCUCACAUGGAUGGAGAUUGAUAACAAGGGGAAUCACCUGCUAGUCCAUGAAGAAUCAUCCAUUAACGUGCCUGCCAUUGCGGCUGCCCAUGUUAUUAAGAGAUACAUUGCUCAGGCAGCAGAUGAACUGUCCUUUGAGGUGGGAGACAUUGUGUCCGUUAUUGACAUGCCGCCAAAGGAGCUGACCACAUGGUGGAGGGGCAAACAUGGAUUUCAGGUUGGAUUCUUUCCGAGUGAAUGUGUUGAGCUAAUUAAUGACAAAGUUCCUCAAUCUAUGACCAACUCUGUGCCAAAACCAGUGUCAAAAAAACACGGCAAACUCAUCACUUUCCUGCGAACAUUCAUGAAGUCGCGCCCAACGAAACAGAAACUGAAGCAACGCGGGAUCCUGAAAGAGAGGGUGUUCGGGUGCGACCUGGGAGAGCAUCUCCUCAACUCCGGCCAUGAUGUCCCCCAGGUCCUCAAGAGCUGCACCGAAUUCAUUGAGAAACACGGCAUUGUGGAUGGAAUAUACCGCCUGUCGGGAAUUGCGUCAAAUAUCCAGAAGCUACGCCACGAGUUUGACUCGGAGCAGAUCCCCGACUUGACUAAAGAUGUUUACAUUCAAGAUAUCCACUGUGUGGGCUCCCUCUGUAAGCUCUACUUCCGCGAGCUCCCCAACCCCCUGCUCACAUAUCAGCUGUACGAGAAGUUCUCAGAUGCUGUGUCCGCUGCUACAGAUGAAGAGCGAUUGGUUAAAAUUCAUGAUGUCAUCCAGCAACUACCCCCACCGCACUACCGGACGCUGGAGUUCCUAAUGAGGCACUUGGCUCAUCUAGCUGAUUACUGCUCCAUCACAAACAUGCAUACCAAGAACUUAGCAAUUGUCUGGGCACCAAACCUACUGAGAUCGAAACAGAUAGAGUCUGCCUGUUUCAGUGGAACAGCUGCCUUCAUGGAGGUCCGAAUCCAGUCGGUGGUGGUGGAAUUCAUCCUGAAUCACGUCGAUGUCCUCUUCAGCUCCAAACUCAGCUCGGUCAUACGAGACGGGGCAGGGCCUCAUUGUCUUCAGCAGAGUAGAUUUGCUGUCAGUCCAGCUUUCCACCCAAGAGGUCACACUUCCUUAUCACGCCCCAAAUCACUGCUGGUGUCCUCGCCCUCAACUAAGCUGCUCACCCUGGAGGAGGCACAAGCAAGGACGCAAGCCCAGAUCAACUCCCCUAUAGUGGCAGACAGUAAAUACAUUGAAGUGGGAGAAGGCCCUGCUGCAUUACAGGGGAAAUUCCACACCGUCAUAGACUUUCCAUCUGAAAGAAAACGACCGCCCAACAAGAUGAAGAAAUCCCCUGUUGGCAGUUGGCGCUCCUUCUUCAACCUGGGAAAAUCCUCUUCCGUCUCCAAGCGGAAACUGCAGCGCAAUCCAAGUGAGCCCUCCGAAAUGAAAGCCAUAGCGCUGGCAGGUGGGAGAGGAGAUAGCGGGACCCUGCGCUCGGCUAAAAGCGAAGAGUCUCUCACUUCCCUGCAUGCUGUUGACGGUGAAUCUAAACUGUUCCGGCCUAGAAGACCCAGGUCCAGUAGCGAUGCGCUGUCUGCUUCCUUCAACGGGGAACUCCUGGGGACCGUGAACCGCUGCAAUUCUUACGAUAACCUGCCCCGUGACGACGAGAGCGAUGGGGACGAGGGGCUGAUUCACGUUCCCGCCCUCAUCUCUCCUAGGUCGGCGGAAGAGGUUGACCUGAGCCCACCGGAUAUUGGAGUAGCUAGCCUGGAUUUUGAUCCUAUGUCUUUUCAGUGCAGUCCACCCAAGGCAGAGUCUGAGUGCCUGGAUAGCAGCGUCUCUUUGUUGGAGUCCAUGGGUUUUCACAGGGACAAGCCAAGUGUAGCUAAGAAGGACUUGGAGUCUGGUAGCCAGAGUCACACCCCUGGCAGUGCCACGAGCUCUGAACCGGUGUCCCCCUUCCAAGAGAAAAUGAGUCCCUUCUUUACUCUGGACCUGAGCCCAACUGAGGAGAAGGCAUCCAAAACCCACUCCUUCUCGGAGAAGGUCACCCGUGCCUUCUCGCCUAAGACGGGGCGAAAGCCGAUCAAGUCUCCGCCGGUGACCAUAUCGGAGCCGGUCUCUUUGACGCCGCCCAGACAAGCGUGCGAAGGGAUGCCUGCCGCUGCGGGGAGUGCGGCUUCUUCAAACUGGAGCAAAAGCAUCAAUGAAGCCACAAACGGGUCCCCGACCCAGAGGAUGUCUUUGCCCCUGAAAGCCGGCGAGGUGGCAGCGGGUGAGGGAUGCCACCGAGAGGCCCAGACCCAGCUGACUGCUGCCAAGCCAGAGUUGCGAGAAGGGGAGCGACCCGUGCCUAGCGGCCAGAAUAAGACUGUACCUUCUGGACCCACUCAGCCAGGAGCAGUUGCCCUCGACUCCCCCCAGGAUCCCGUUCCCGUCAGUUCUGUGUCUCUUGUCCCUCCUCCUCCUCCGAAAAAUGCAGCACGCAUGCUGGCCUUAGCGUUAGCCGAGUCCGCACAGCAAGCGUCUACUCGGUCCCAGAAGAAGCCAGGAGACGCUCAUUCUGACUGUACAAAUUACGGAGAGACUGACAUUGGUAUAGCUAUAGAAAAGGUCCACCUCUCUGCCGGGGCUGCUCCGGACAAGCUCCAUCCGUGUACUGGUGUUCCCGAGAACCAAAUCCACUUCCAGAGCGGGGCACCUGGGGAUCAAUUCCAGAGCGGGGCACCUUUAGACCAGGACCUCACUAGGACGCCUGGGGACUGCAAUCAUCUACACAGUAGUACACCUGGAAACAGGGACCAGCCCCGUCCGCAUACUGGCACGCCUGGGGACCUGCAUAGUGGCACAAAGGUGGACUGGAACCACUCCGACUUCCAUACCGGAACGGUGGGAGACAAGGACCGCUUCCCCUCCCGUCCGGGUGGCCCUGGGGAUUGGGCGCACGCUCCUCUCCAUACAGAUGCUUUGCUUGGCCGGGAACCGUCCGCGACAGACGUGCCCAUAGACAAGCCACACCUCCAUACUUGCAUAUCUAUGGAUAAGUAUCACAUCCCUGCGGAGAAGCUUCAUCUCCCUGCCAGCACAGCUGAUGACAAACUCCGGCCUCCUCCUGUAGCCGCCAGGGAGAAAACCGCCACGGCUACAAUGACGUACGUGACAACUAUCCAGACGUCGGCAACUGAGAUGAGUCGUGGAACAGCGGGUCAGCACACGGCCCCUGAACCCGCCGCUCAGGCAGAUGUUACCGUCACAGCUGCUCAGCGCAUUCUUAUGACCAAUUCCCUAACACCAUCUCAGAGACAAGCAGACCAUCAGCCAGCCACGGGACAAGUUCCAGCCGUAGCCGCCGGAGGAUCAAGUGGUUCCGACCAGGUACGAGGAGCACCGCCUCCAGAGAAGCCGCCCGAGCCUCGACUAGCGGAGCCUGCUCCAGUUUUUGUCACCGAAAGUAGCUCCGCUAUCCGCUGUACCUCAUCCGCCGCUGCGUCCCACCAGGGCCAUUUGGAAAAGCCCCGGGAGAACGUCAGGGCUCCCUCUUUGCACCUGCGUUCCGAAUCGGUCCCCGCACACUCCUCCUCCUAUGGCUUUGCACCCCCCAUCCCGCCCGUGAGAACGCUGGAGAGUAAGAUAGCUGCAGCCAUGCACUCCAACAGUAUGGAUGCAGUGAAUACCUCCAGUUACCAUUCCUUCCCGGCUUCCUCCAUUCUGCCAUCGUCGGGGGAGGAGGCUUUGCCCCCGCCCCCACCGCCCAAGCACGCCUCGCUGCAGUCUGCAUAUCUGCCCCAUCCCAAGCCAGAGAGCACCCCCGAGCCGUCCAUGCCAGAGAACUAUCUGCACCACAAGCCAGCGUCCGUCCAUCAGUACAGGCCGGAGAGCGUCCCGCCACAUCUCUCCUACCACGGCAAGUCCGACCAGCACCAAGCUUACGCCUCCAGGUCAGAAACGCCCGCCUCCGUGGUCCCCCGCUACACCGCCUACGCCAGUCAAGGGAAGAAUACGUCAGCCCAUCACUCCAAGCCUCGCGGCCGCGUGGAGUACGCGUCCUCCGUGAGCCCUACCGCCCUGCGGAGCGCCGGGUACGCUGAGGAGGCUCCGCCCUACCCCACCAUCCGCAGGGUGCAGUCGCUGCACGUUUCCGCCCCUUCCGCCAUCCGCUCCGUCCCCAUUUCGCGGACAGAGGUGCCUCCCGACGACGAGCCCGCGUACUGCCCGCGGCCCCUUUAUCAGUAUAAGCCAUGCCAGCCCCACUCAGAUUAUCACGUCACUCAGCUACAGCCUUACUUCGAGAAUGGGCGCGUGCAUUACAGGUAUAGCCCUUAUUCCAGCUCGUCUGGCUCCUCCUAUUACCCCACAGCAGCGGAUGGGGGUUUUUAUGACCUGGACCCCUACGGCACGAUGCGGCUCAGGCAUUUCCACCCCCUUCCUAGCCGAGACUUUGCAUCCUACACCUCCAGGCUGCAAAGUAAGAAUCUGUACCGCUAUCCCGGCCUGCCUGCCUAUCCUCGGGGAGGCCUGAUGAGCCACCUGGCAGGAAAAGAGCACAGCUUUAUCAGCAGAGAUGUGCCCCCGGCCCCGGACAUCAAGCACGCGUACAUGUCAUGGGAUCUGGAGGACAUGGAGAAAUACCGCCUGCAGUCCAUCCGCCGGGAGAGCCGCUCACGCCAGAAAGUGAAAGGGCCGGUGAUGUCCCAGUACGACAACGUGGCUCCUCUGCUGCAGGAGGAGCUGGGGGGGCUGGACAUCAUCCACCUCCGCAGCAAAUCGGAUCCUGGGAAAACUGGUCUCCUGACUGUAGCCGAAGGAAAAGAAGGGAGAUAUCCGACCAAGGCAGCCACCCCCGAAGGGGACGAACGUUACUAUCUGCAGCGCUCCGAGCCGGAGCCGGACAGAACCUAUUACCACGGGGCCUAUGGGAAUGGGCAGUCAGAGAAGCCUUCCCUUCCCCAAAAGCAGAGCACCAUCAGGAGCAGAAAGCUGCACGAUCCAGAGCACAGGGGACACCUGCAGCAGGAAGCAAGCCAUCGGCAGCCUUCGGAAUCCAAAAACGGGCCCCCUUACCCAGACUACAGGCCAAAGGGUGGCCAGGAACCCAUGGAGCUCGUUGGUUUCCAGCACUCGGGUGGGAAGUACGUCACGGCCGGCCAGGAGGCCCUGCGACCUAACCACAAGGAGGCAAAGCUGGCAGAGGACCGGCCAGACUUGGAAAGGCCUCGAGCCAGGCAAACAGCCCCUGGCGAGAAGCACACCAGAGACUGCUAUAAUAAAGAGGAGGAGCACCACGUCCAACCCAUGGCGCCGCCUCCCAAGCCAGAACGGAGCCACAGCCUCAGAAUCCGGCAUCCGGAGAACAUGGACAGGGACCCUGGCCUCCUGUACCCGUACCAAACCCUUGGCAAACGCCAAAGCAGUCUGACAGUGGUGUCCCAGUAUGAUAAUUUGGAGGAUUACCAUACCAUGCCUCAGCACCAAAGAGGGGGCUACCUUGGAGGAGGGGCGUUCAUGCCUCCUGGCUUUCCCCAUUCACACAGUAGGACAUAUGCCACAGCAUUGGGCCAAGGGGCCUUCCUUCCUACAGAGCUGUGUUUGCAGAGGCCGGAAACAGAGAUCCAUGCCGAGUGAGCUGGGGGGAGGAGGAGGGAUAGAGCCUAAGCAGCCUCUGCUGGACAGUGGACUGUUUUAUUUUUUCAAUGACAAAAUUUAAAAAAAACCCACCCCCCUGAGCAAAGCCAACGCACUCUCAGCCCUGCCACUAGCUCACCACUCAAUGUUUGUUUGUCCUAGGUGUAUAGUUUUCUUUCGUGUCCUUUGAAGGUUGGAAUAGUCGCACAGGCUGUGUUGGCAUGUGGAAAGAUGAGCCAGGACCCAGAAAGGCAGAGCGGAUCUGAAAGAGGCAUGGUGGGGAGGGGAAAAGGGGGGUUCCUUCCCCUGCUUUGACAUGGGCUGGUGGUUGCGUGCAGCUCCUCUGGUGGCAUAUCCAGUCACUCUCCCAACUGCCAACAUCAGAGGAGUUGCACGGAUAGGUUUUACCCUUUGAAUGAGAUGCCGUCGGGGAGUCUCUGUCCUGACCCUUUCAGAUUGAAUCGGUAACACUGUGGGGUAAGGACAGCUUCAAAGUGUUUGUUUCCUCCUAGAUUAUUGGUGCUCUGCAUCCCCUUGGAAAUUGUGUAGGGGGAGGGAGAUUGGCCGCAAGCCAGGUCACAGAGCUGUUACAGAACACGGGCUGGUUUUUAAAGGCUCAUUGAACAAGCAGCUUCUAACUAGAGAAGGGAUAUUUACUGAUACUAUAAAUGGAGACGGGUUUUGAAAGCGAAGCAAACCAGGGCAGCACUUCUACCUUUGAAAGUAAAAAAACCACCCUCUCCCCUGCCACACACACUCCUGGGCACAGGUGACUGAGCAGCAUACACAUUUCAUUCUAAUUCCUCUUUACUUACAGGCUACCAGCUCUUUAAUUGCACGUCCUAGCUGGCCAGAAACUACCCUCUAUUUACAAUGUCACUAGAUGAUUGUGUCCAGCUUGUAAACUAGAGCACAGGUUCCCUGCUGGGAGCGACUUGCGUGACCGUGGAGUUGCUCUGGGCCCAAUAACUCGGUACUUACUUCAGGGAAAACUCCCGUUGACUUUCAUAUGUGGCCUACAGGAUGAGGCCCUCUUUUUAGUACUGUCUCACUCGUGAGAUCACAGCGAGUUGCUGUAAGUACAGAGCAGUUAUGUGCUGUGCGGGCUAUGAAAUAGCAUUGCCUCCCUUACUGCAAGUGUUGUUCACACCAGGAUUCAGUCACUGGGGCGGGGUGAAGGGAUGGGACAAUGCACCUCUUUAUAACAAACCCCUGCUGUUGCCCUGCCUAUUUAAAAUGCUCUCCCUACUUCAUAGAAACAAGUCAGUGUUUCAUCUGCAGCCUCUCUGGAUUCACAGCCAUUUAAACCCCACCUUAAAGCACAUACAUUUUAUGAGACAGGGCUUCCUAGAAAAUACUUGUGAUUUAGCAUUUAAAAUAUUCAGCAUUCACCCAUGCUACGGGGACCUUUUAUGUACUGUUGGAUCACACAACUUCUCUACCUGUUUUGAAAUUCAGAGGGUUUACUUAAAGAACGCAUCUGAGAAGUUCUCUUAGCUGAAAGUCCUUCAGCUAAGAUUAUUAAAGGAACUCAUGUCAGAGCCUCCUAGAACAAGUGUUUUAUUCAUUGCUAUUUUUGGCUUUUAAAGUAAUAAUAAAAACCUGUCAGCGCUCACAGGGGAACAACACACUUCUAGUAGGUACCUAGUCAUUAGCAGUUUGGUUCUUUUAAUCUCAGCCUUUUCUGGGUCUGUUUCAACUAGGAUAGCCUAUGGUCUGAUUUUAUUGUGCAAUGCAUUGUUUUGUUUUAAGAAUAAUUUGUUUAAUAGAGAGAGUUUUUCCUAAAUGUUAUGGAAAUAAAUUUAGCUGUCAGGAAAAGAGCACUGUGAUCCAGGUUACCUCAAUAUCAUUCACCUUGUGACUAACUAGAGGGUGUGUUUUGUUUUUUGAAGGGGAUGGGGUGUGAAAGGAUAAAGCACGAAAGGGCUGUUAGCUGAAAACACAGAGCCACUUAGUGGACCAACCAUUUUCUUUGGGCUAAUAGCCAAUUCUGCUAGUAAACCUGGCUUUCCUGAUACAAUCUGUCCAGGGGAGUCUAGCUACAGUACUCGGUCAAGCUACAUUUAGAGACUAGUAUUGGGACUUGACUUAGCACUUCAUCUCCCCUCUGCUGCUCCAGAGUGUCAGCCUCCCUUGUUCUGGAUUUGGGGCAGGAACAAAAACUCAUUGGUUCAGGCUAUUCAGGAUUGAGGUGACAAGGACAGCCUGUCGAACCUCUCUCCAUCAAUGCCUUAAUUUUCCCUCCAACCUCUCUGUAUUGGCCUUAAGUUACCCAAAGAAUCCUCCCUAUGAGACAGCUGAACUGAGCUCCCUCGAACACUGAACAUCUCUGCUCAUUUGCCUGCACUUGUUGCCUAUCUUGAAGCUGGUCUGCUCCUAUAGGGCAUAAACACCAUCUCCCAACUAUUUCCACUCCUUACAAACGGUAGCAGCAAGAGACAGAACCUGGGAUCUCUGCCUGCUCCAUUGUUCACAGCAUGACAGUCCGCUCAGCACCCUACCAUCAUUGGUUUCCGUGGAAGUCAAGGCCCCUUAGCACCAUACAGGAAUGGCCCCGUAAGUGAACAAACCGACCCCAUCAUUAAGGCCUUGUCUAGACAUGAAAAUUAAUCUGGAAUAAGGUAGGGUGUGACUUUAGAGCAGAUCAACUGUUCCUGAUACACCUCCAUGGAUGGAUGCUCAUAUACCAGAAUAAGAGUGCUUUAUUCCAAAUCAGAUUAAUCCCUGGAUUAAACUAACUCGGGCAUUCUUAUUCUGGAAUAAGAGCAUCCACCCAUGGAGUUAGUCAGGAAAUAGUGAAUUCAGACUAACUCCCUGUGUAGACAAACGGAUUAAUGGCUUCACAUCUCUCUUAGAGAUCAGGGAUCUUUCUUUUUUGUUCCAGCAUGAGCCAUUCAUUCAGCCUCUUCCCUUUAAUGUACUUGGGAACAGUUUAUCCCUAGUUUCCUCCCGUGCCCAUCCUUACACCAUGCAAUUGGAGGGCCAGCAGCCCUGUAAGAGCCCAACCGGUAGCUCUACUCCAGGGUUAGGGCAGGUGCCCUAAGGAAGGGGUGAGACUAGAGCAGCAAGCAAGGAACAUGAACCCUUCACAGGCACUCCACUGCUAACAGCCGCUAAUAGUUUGAACCUUCUUUUUCCCUUAAAGCCAUAUAGUGAACUAUGCAGUUCUGCUCUUGUACUGUGGUUAAAUUUUGGAAUUGGAUGAUGGCCCUUAGAGAAAUGGUCCCACCUCAUUCAUUAGAUUAUACACCCAACAGUGUCCAUUCUUCAGGAAAGGGGACCACUGCAGAGGGGGUGGGAAUUGCCCCAGGUCAUUCAAGAACAAUGAGUCUCAGGUGGCCCUUGGCCAAGUAGGCAUUGGGUAUGAUGCACAACAUGGCACGUAGGGGCAUUAGUCCUAUCAGUGAAUGGGGUAGGGAGGGGAGACCCCUGCUGGGGAAAAAAAUUAGGAUGAUAAAUGUACCAACUGUGUGCCAGGUUCUGUUAAUCUGUAGUAACCUAUUGUCUAAGUAUAACCUCACUAAGGAUACAUGAGCAGUAGCAGACUUGGCAAGUUUCCUAUACCUGUAUCACUGCCUGCCUGCCUCUUUAUUGCCACUUGCUGAGUUUUCAGCUUAAUUUCUCAUUACCAUGUGAGAGCGUUUGGGCCCAGUUCUGCUCUGGGAGCGGUGUAGAGAUCUCUGGAUUUACACCUGCAACUCAGAGCAGAAUGUGGCCCAUAAAGAAAGCUCUCCGUGACUACAGAUGUUGAGAUCACAACCAAGGUGUGGGCCCUGUCACAUCAUCUACUUCAGUUCUGAUUUUAAAAAGUCUGAUCAGGUUUAAACUUUAUGCAUAUGACAGUAAAAACUUUGUGCCUACAGGUCUUUACAGAGGUAAUAGGCUUGUGCUUAUCACUUGGGGUUGGGGGGGGAGAUAUCAGUGAGGAUUGCACAGGUGUAGCAAAUUGCUACACAAAACCAAAACAAACUUGAAAAAUGUAUUGUUCCCUUUAGCUAUAAAAGGGACAGACCCUUGUGUGUAGUCUUUACCAUUCAUCUCAUUGGUAUGUAGACAAAGCAUUGACUGAAACAGUGUGUAAUGUACUAGAAAAUCUGAAUGAAAAAUUGCAUUGAACAUUUAUUUUUUAAAGGGCCUGUGACACUUUUCCAGAACCAUGUGCUACAGAAGUCUGAUACCACAGACAUGGUGUAGUUUAAAGAGGUGUACACAGUAACCCCCAGUACGUGCAACCAUUCUUGCAAAAAAAACACAAAUGGUGACUUUUGCAGUUCAUUUUCUUGCUGUAAAAAUGUGACCCUUUUUGCCCUAAGCCGCACGAGAGAGAAAUCCCAGAAAGCCUUAGGAUUACUUUCAGUGUUCCCUUCACUUUAAUUUAUAGAGUGUCUUAUUUUCAUGUUUGGGUUUUUUGUUUUGGGUUUGGGGGUUUUUGUGUGAGAGAGAGAGAGAGAACCGGUGUAAAAUGUAUAUGCUGACAAGCUCAUGUAUUUUUAUGUAAAUAUUUUUGUGGUUUUCCCAGCCCCGCUCUGUAAAUACUUAGAUUCUCAUUUUCUUCCCACUUUGUAUGAUGCGGAUGUGGUUUUGUUUUCUGUUUUUAUUUGUACUGUAAUGCCAUGAUCCAGACCGAGGUGUCUUGUGGUAUUUAAAAAACAAAGUCCCACUGAGCUCACAUUCAGAUGUACGACUCAACAGCAUUAAUCGAGCCUGGUUGAAGCCACCUCCUUUGCAUUUGUGUGUGUUUGUGCCUCGGCCAGGUUAAUUAACAAUAUACUGAAAAGAGCUAGGGCGUGGAGAAACUAGUUUAGAGCCAUGAGGUUGUGGGGCCAGGUACCUCGAAAGACAAGCGAGGCGAUGAGUGCUGUAUUUAUGUGCCAAGCCUAUUGCAAAUUGCUGCCUGUCAGUCUGUCCCGGCGCUUAUCUGUUCAGUUACACCUGUGGCAUAACUGUUCUGAAAAGAAAAAAAUAAACCAACCUUGGCUUUCCUAGUCUCCUUUUCUUCUCCUCCAGAAUUACUAGGCAAGGAGCAAUGCUGCAGGAAUGGCACAAAAGGCAGGUGGCAGUUUUAGUCCUAACAGUGAGAUUCCGAAGUUGGGUUCGGCCAUUAAAACAGG